UCUGCACACUUUUUGCAUGGCAGUUAGAAAUGAAAUCAAAUCAAGCGGUACGCGCUCUUAAACAUUUUUAAUUACCAGAGGGAAAAUAACGUUCAGGUGUUUCAAGCUAAAAUAAUUGAUCUAUGAUAAUUCGUUAGAAGUACUGUUGAGUUCACGAUGAAGUUGCUACAUUGGUUUUUGAUUAUAGAUAUCAUUUUUAUUGUUGGUCAUGAUGCAUCCAAAAAUAAAGGAUUACUUGAUUCAGAUGUGAAAUCCAGCACCGCCUUCCCCGGUUUAAUUUACAAAGAUUUAUCAAAAAUAAAUACAGUUAUACAAGCUGCCGUAAAUGCAGUACCGCCUGAGAAAUCUUCAAGGAAUAUAAACGAGGGAAAUGAAGAAAGUGAAGAUAUUAUUAGAGCUCUUCAGAAUACACCACCAAUCAGAGGCAUGGGGACAUUAGACUGGUUCUUUCAGGAUGUUGUUCAAGUACCAGUUGAUAUAAUGAGCGAUAAUGCCAAAAAAAUAAAUGCUAAUUAAGAUGAAGGUGCGGAUUAUUGAAUUGGCUGGCUUGGCAAUUCUACGCCUAACUACGAUAAAGCCAAAAGAAAAAGAGUUGUUAGAAUAAUUAAAGACGUAAGUGCGUGAUAAAUAGGCAACUAACAACUUGAAAAUAUUCGUUUUAUUGAAUACCUGGAGGCUUUAUUGAGUGAUUUGAAAUAAAAAAAAUGAUUUUAUGUAUAGCCAGAUUCAUUAUCUAGAUGAUAUAAUAGAAAAAUUACAAGGUUGGAAAAGGAACAGUUACGUAUUUAAUUAUUUUAUUUUUUAAUAAUUAAAAAAUAAAAUAC